UCUCUUUAAGCGCAGGCCGGAGAGUCGAUUUCCGAUCGCGAAGGGGAUGGAUUACUGCUUCAGUCUGCUGCUGCUGCUGCUGCUGCAUCGCCUCAGCUGAUUGAGAGGAUUCCCUCUGCGGGGAAACAGCAAGUAAGCCAGUCCCGUCCUGUGCAAGCUCAGGACAGUCCAGCACGAUGGAUUUUAACGUCAAAAAACUGGCUUCUGAUGCGGGGGUCUUCUUCACCAGGGCUGUGCAGUUCACAGAGGAGAAGUUGGGCCAGGCUGAGAAGACUGAGCUUGAUCCUCAUCUAGAGAACCUGAUCGCUCGGGCGGACUGCACCAAGAACUGGACUGAAAAGAUCUUGAGACAAACGGAGGUGCUCCUGCAGCCAAACCCAAGCGCUCGGAUCGAGGAGUUCAUCUAUGACAAACUGGAGAAAAAGCUUCCUUCCAGGACAACCAAUGGGGAAUUGCUUGGCCAAUACAUGCUGGAAGCUGCCAGUGAUUUUGGCGCCGAGACUCCGUAUGGCAGUACCCUGAUUACAGUCGGAGAGUACCAGAAAAGACUGGGAACAGCUGAGCGGGAGUUCCUUCAAACCUCCGCCACGAUGUUCCUCACUCCCUUACGCAACUUCCUGGAAGGAGACUGGAGGACUAUAUCAAAAGAGAGGCGACUUCUCGAGAAUCGCCGGCUGGAUCUUGACAUUUGCAAAGCACGCUUGAAAAAAGCGAAGCAGUCUGAGGCAAAGGCAGCAGCCGCACCUGAUUUUCAGGAGACGAGGCCUCGAAAUUAUGUUCUUUCUGCCAGUGCAUCAGCGCUGCUGAGUGAGGAAGUGGACAAAGCAGAGCACGAGCUCCGCGUGGCACAGACGGAGUUUGACCGUCAAGCUGAAGUGACCAGGCUGCUGCUCGAGGGCAUCAGCAGCACACACCUGAACCACCAGCGUUGCUUGCAGGAUUUUGCGGAAGCGCAGGCCACCUUCUAUGCUCAGUGUCAUCACUACAUGCAUGAACUCCAGAGGGAACUCGGCAGAUCCGCUAACGCAGUCAGCGCCCAGCACCAGUCUGCCGCCUGUCCCGACCCCGUGUCGGCUACGUUUGCGUCCGGUCCGCAUUCACCUGGCACCGCCGUCCCCGCCGCCUCCGGCGAUAAGCCCCGAACGUUGGCGAUGGAGCAAACGCAAGUCCCUAUUACAGGCACCAGAAAGGCCAAAGUCCUGUAUGACUACGACGCCCACGAUUCAAGCGAGCUGUCCCUGUUGGCUGAUGAGCUGAUUACCGUCUACACCGUACCUGGCAUGGACCCCGAUUGGUUGGUUGGCGAGCGAGGCAACGAAAAGGGCAAGGUCCCCGUCACCUACCUUGAACUCCUGAGCUAAUGGACCCGAUAACAUUACAAACAUGCAAAAAUGCUCUUUCUACUGUCACUCUGUAUAUUCGUGUAGUGCACUUACUUCAUUACUAACUUGAAACGUACAUUCAAACGAGGCCAUUUAAUCUUUCCCCUUUUUCAAUUUUCAUUUCAGGAACAAGCCGGAACAUUAUUUAACAGUAAUAUUUUAUUUUAAACGAGGGUUACCGCAUCUGACAUCUACAGCUAAACAGGAAGCGUUGGCUUUACAAUGAUUUUUUUUUUUUUUUGGAUCCUUUUAAAUAUCAUUUUGGAUGUUUUAUGACUGACGUGUCCUCCAUAGCCACAAGUUUAAAAAAAAAAAAGUAUAAAUCAAUAGCGAGACAGAAGGAGAUUUAAUGAUUCUAAUAGUUAUCCAACAGAAGAAAAUGGAACAAAAAUCUUAGAAGCAGCACAGAGAUGCUACGAUGCGUGCUGUAGUACUUUUUCACCUGUAAAUGUGUAUUAUAUAUAUAGUUUUUGGAAACAUGUUGGUUGUCAUAACCUUGGAUGUGAUCUUGGCAUUUGUUGACAUUUUCACUUCCGAGUCGAUUUCUGUCACCGUUCAUUGGGAGAUUGAUGUGCUGUUAAAUUGAAAUGAUUAGAAAUUCUCAAAUCGCGGUCACAGAGGCAAGUCGAAUUGCACCGAUGCUCACAAAUGUUGAAACAUAUGCGAUGGGUUUAUGUGCAAAAUUGGUGUCAUGGGAAUAUAUGAUGUUAAGUGUUUGGAAAUGUUCCUGAAUUGCAUGUGAUGAUUUCAGUACGCGUGGACAUAGAUGACAUUACCGGCAGAAGAUGUUGCUGUGUGCAUGCAUGCAUGUCACAAUUCAGGAAUUCUCACCACGAUCGUUCGUUGUUUUCCAUUGAAUGCGUUCUGUCAAAACACCCAAACUAGUUAUCGCAUUUCCUGUUGACCCAUUUUUGCCUGGCUUGGAGCGCAAUAAACUUGCAUGUGUGGAACAGUCA